GGGAGGGGUUAAACACGGCAAGAAAAGUUUGUUUGGUUGCCUCAAAAGCAAUGGACGAAGUUUGUGAACUCAUUUAGCUCAACUCGAGGGGAAAUAAAGCAGAGAGACACUAUGGUAGAAAAGUAGAUAGACUAGUAUUCUCUUCGGGGAAGUGUUUGCAGAAACAUCGUAUGACCUCACUGAAGUAUGGCAGAUGGGAAUGAGACGGUCGUGUACUUCUCUGAGCAGGUGGUCGUGUUGUGUUCAUGUGCACUCUCCUUCCUGGGCUCCUCUCUUAUCAUCCUCACCUACAUUAUCUGGGCUGAUUUGAGGACUACUCCCCGCAGGCUGCUGGUCUUCCUCUCGGUGUCUGACUGGCUGUCCGCCGUCUCCUACGCCUACGGGGUCUGGCGGGUCUUCCGCACCGACUCGCUGGACUGCAUCGCGCAGGGAGCCGUGUCCACCUUCGCCAACACCAGCUCCUUCUUCUGGACCGUGGCCAUCGCUGUGUACCUGUAUGUGUUCAUCGUCCGGUCCAACCAGAGAGCCGCAGACAGCCUGGUGUGGUGCUUCCACAUCGUCAGUUGGGGUGUUCCUCUGGCCAUCACUGUUGCGGCCGUGUGCCUGUACAAGAUCGGCUACGAUGCGUCAGAGGUGUCGGUGGGCUGGUGCUGGGUCAGGAUCCACGCUCCAGACCGGAUCCUUUGGAUGCUGCUCACCGGGAAGAUCUGGGAGUUCUUGGCUUACCUCACCCUGCCUGUCCUCUACAUCCUGAUCAAGCGACACAUCCACAUAGCGCAUGCUGCCCUGUCAGAGUACCGUCCCAUCUUGGCCACCAGGCCUCCGUCACAGUCCUUCUCCUCCAUGGCGGAUAUGAAGCUGACUCUCAUCCCCAUCAUCUUCAUCGUGCUGCGGAUCUGGAGCACCGUGCGCUUCAUCCUGCUGCUCGUCGACUCCCCGGCCCGACAGCACCCGGUGCUGGUCACACUACAUGGAAUUGGGAACACCUCGCAGGGAGCAGCUAACUGCAUCAUGUUCGUCCUGCUGACUCGGCCGCUCCGCACACGCCUCUGCGCCGCACUCUUCUGCUGCUCCAAGUGUCGGGCGGACUCUCAGGACGCCGCUCAGAGGCUGCUGCCGGGACAGGACGCCUCCACACCGAGAGAAGAAGACCGCAGCAGUCGAGUGGGGACUGAUGGAUGAUACUCUGCGGGUGAGAAGAAAAACUUGGGUAGACAUUCGGUGUGCGGGGGAGCUCUCUGCCUCACCUUGAGCCUCAUUACAGCGAGUGCCUGCUGAGAGGUUGGAGAUUCUGCAGGUGUUUGCACAUCUAUGUCACAGGGAGUCACACGUCUGCACUCUGGUGAUGAGCGUGCUGCUGCCUUGGUGAAUCUUUUUCAGUGUGGCACAUGAUUUUCUUUCAACCUUAAAGUGCUUUUUUACUUACAGUUGUUAUUGUAGGUGUUUUUCUUAUUGUAUUUUGAACAACUGUACACUCCGUGAAGGGUUAGCAGCUUUACUUAUCACAUAAUAUGUGGGUUCACUUACAUUCUGGGAUUAAUCACUGUGAAGUUAAUGAAUAUUCAGUUUUUAUAUUGUUACACGGUACUGUACAGACUCGUUUUUAUGGAGAAAAAUGACCCACAUUUAAGUGCCUGCAGCAUUCUCACUGUGAUUAACAAAUGAUGUCCAAUUCUAAACUUUCACAAAGACUAAGUGAGAACAACCACCUACAAUCGUAUCUUACCACUAUCAAAGUCUGUUGGCUUGAAUGGUUGUGGUCAGCUUGAGUGAACUUUCUCAGUUUGAGUUACUUGUAAUGUGCUCAGUCAUUGUUCUUCUAAAAUAUGCCUAAAUGCACGUCUUACUAGAGAGCUGUGGUGCUUCGUGGAAGGUUAUAGCACAACAGCAGCACAUUGGGUCCUAUUUUGGUGAAUGAAAUAGAUUUUGUAACGCACUAAAUAGUGAAUAAAUAUCUUGGAAGACAAUUAAGCUGCAGGUGGGAUAUGAAAAGAUUCAAUUUCACACGUAUUUCCCAAAGUAAAAUCCUGUCAACGUUACAAUCCUUUGUAACUGUAAUGACCUUAACCUGAACACAGCUGCUGCUUUGUUACUAAGGAAAACGGCAAACAAUUGUGCAUCACAGCUACACUUUUGUUUGUGUUUAUAUUUUGGGUAGAUUAUCCUAUAUGUUUUUACUUUAAUAUCAAAUUUCAAAUAUCAGAUAUAACUUUGCAUAUGUGAAAGAAACUUGAUUACAUCUGACUGUCUAUAUAAAGUAAAUGACAUGAUAUGGGCGCUGUUUUGUGAGUUGAAUGAACUUAAAUACACAUUCAACCUUUUAUUUAAAAAAUCUUUUUCACUGAAAAACACAAAAAUAAGAAACUUUGAUGGCAAUAAAAACAUACAAUUUUGAAUACAACAAACAUUUAAAAGUUAAAGCAACAUAAAACAAGAACAGCUGCAAGUGAAAUAUGAUGAAAUGAACUAAAUUGAUUACCCUAAGGAUAAACUAAGCUGAAGAUUGUUCUGCAUUUUAUCAUUACAUUAAAAGUUUCAUCUAUGAUGCUCCAUAUUUAGUAUUAAUUCCAACUAUAUUUGUGUUUCCUAUCAUUGCCUAACUUCAUAGUUGCAACAUUUUUCGACAGUAGUAGCAAAACCCCAUCAGUAUUUGACGUGUCACAAAAAAUGACUUGACAUCAAUACUGUCAUUGUGGUCAGGAUGCAUGACCUAGCAUCACAUGGCGUCCUUCUCUUUUUGAAACCAGACCUUGUGAGCCUCACUUCUCCUUUGACCCCCGCUGUUGUUAGCUCCUGUUCCCCGACUGAGCUCCAGGCCCACCGCAUACCAACGAGGCAUCACUGCGAACCCGCUGAACCACACUCAUGCGACCUCAAGCCCCGUAGUUCCUUCAGAUCUUUAAAAUAUUUUCUAAGAUCCAUUGAGUUUAAUGAGCCUGCCUUGAGGAUGAGCUACAUUAAAAUUAGAUUCAUUACUGUGGUGAUCGUUGGAAAAAAGGUGAAGCAGGGGAAUUUUCAUCUUUUUGACAGCUAAUUUUCUCUUAUCCUAAAGUGAUUAUUGUUUGUUUGACUCUCACAGAGGGCAGGCACUUGUUUGUGUUGAGAAGGUGGCGUCACAGUGAGGGGAUUUAUGGCUGUUUGCUCUGGGUUGGCAGCAAAAUACAAUUGUGGGGUGUACUUGGGUAUUUCCAUAGUAUGCUACUUAAUGGUUCUACACUCCAAAGACACUAGCACUAUGUAAUGCAAACUAUCCCCACAUACAUCUACAGGACUAAAGUAAAGGGCAAAUGAAUGUAUCACUGGACAUCAUUAAGUAAUAUAUUUUACAUUAUUCAGAAAACCUUUUGUACAUUUACUUAAUGAUCUUGAAUGCAUGACUUACUUGUAACAGAGUAUGUUUACAAUGUGGUAUUGAUAAAUAAGAUUAAAUGUUCUCUUCCACCA